AUGAGCAGCCGUCCCGAUUUCAGCGACGACUACGAGACGAGACGUUCAUUUUUGAAUCAACUGGCUUCUUAUAUACAGGAAACUCGUCCUGAUUCACUUAAUGAUGCGGCGUUUUUCGAGGAGUUGUGUCUGUUACUUGUGCGUGUGCUCCGAGACAAUCAUCCUGCUAUACGUGCAAUGUGUUUCCAUCUUCUGCGACUAUGCUUGUUCACGGAAAAAAAUUUGAUAUGCAUACUAACCAGUCAAGCUGACGUUUAUGCAGUA